UGGGGUGAGUUUUGUUUCCCCGGAUCCGCCAUUUCAUUUUUUGAAGUUACUUGUGACAAGUUACAAGAUUUGAUUCAAAAUGGUAUUGUUUUACAACUGGGUUGGGUCAGUUAUAAUCGACAUAUCAUUUUAAUCUGGCGAUCAGACACGUUUUGGUGGAGGACCAGUUUGUGGAUUUUGUGGAAUUGAUGGGAAUAGGCAAGUUGCGGAUUUCGCCUAUUUUCCAAACGUGUUCUACGCGCUAAAGUUUUUGUAUGAGUUGAAUGCUGGUUGUGGAUAAGGGGAGGCAAAGGGAAGGCCCGUGAAGCCUCGGCUUUGGAGUGGGAGUCAUGGCUGGACAUUUUGACGCAGAGGACCGUGCAAGUUGGUACUGGGGAAGAUUAAGUAGACAGGAGGCAGUUUCACUUUUACAAGGACAGAGACACGGAGUGUUUUUGGUGAGAGACUCUAUUACCAGCCCUGGCGACUACGUGCUGUCCAUUUCAGAGAAUUCCAAAGUCUCUCAUUACAUAAUCAACAGCAUCAGCAACAACCGGCAGUCUGGCUCAGGUAAGCGAGACAUGGUUUGGGGCUGCAGAAUAAAGGAGCCACCAGGGUAUCCGUUCGUGUAUGAAUUCAAUGUAACAGGAUGAUAAAAGAUUCAUCCAACAAGCCACUCCACGUUUCUUUGGAAAAUAAUUUAAGAUUAACUUCCUACAAGUGAAUCAACCAAACAGUGACAUUUGGAUUAACCAGACAUCAAAUAUGUAGUCCACUGCCUUUCAAUGGGCCAGAAAUGUGGUCAUUCACAUGCUAAUGUAAAUCAACCAAACAGUGACAUUUGGAUUAACCAGACAUCAAAUAUGUAGUCCACUGCCUUUCAAUGGGCCAGAAAUGUGGUCAUUCACAUGCUAAUUAUUGGCCAGUGAAAUGGUUUCUGCUGUUCUUUCCUUCUUUUCUACUCAUCCCUCUUUUCCCACCCUCCUCUCCCAGGCCUGGCACCUCCACGGUUCCGCAUAGGGGACCAGGAGUUUGACGCCCUCCAUUCCCUGCUGGAGUUUUACAAGAUCCACUACCUGGACACCACCACUCUGAUAGAGCCCUUCAACAAGGCCAAACACCCUUCAUUCGUCAGCGUCAACACAGCUGCCGGAGGCCCGCCGCAGCGGCUGGAAGGCGAGUUUGUCCGUGCCCUCUUCGAUUUCCCAGGCAACGACGAUGAAGACCUGCCUUUCAGAAAGGGCGACAUCCUACGGGUUCGGGAGAAGCCUGAGGAGCAGUGGUGGAAAGCCCAGAAUUUAGAGGGGCGUGCCGGGAUGAUCCCUGUGCCCUACGUGGAGAAGUACCGACCGGCCUCUCCCACCUCAGGGGGCCCAACAGGGGGUCCCGGUGGGGUGGGCUCGGUAGACGGCUCCAGUGUUCAGGGCCCUCCUCUGCUUGACCCGAGCCAGUAUGCCCAGCCCACACCUCUGCCCAACCUGCAGAACGGACCCGUCUUUGCCAGGGCCAUCCAGAAGAGGGUGCCCAACGCCUACGACAAGACCGCCCUUGCCUUAGAG